AUGAAUCUUUCUGCUAUCACUCAGGGAAAUGACAAUGACGCUCCGGCGCCAGGAAAUGAGUUUGCACAGUUCGCCGCUGGAUGCUUCUGGGGCGUGGAGCUGGCGUUUCAGAGUGUCCCCGGUGUGACUCAUACGGAGGUUGGAUACUCCCAAGGGCUCCUCCACAAUCCUUCUUACGAGGAUGUCUGCACGAACACAACUAACCAUGCAGAGGUUGUUAGGGUUCAGUAUGAUCCCAAAGAGUGCAACUUCGAGUCUCUGCUUGGUGUCUUCUGGUCUAGGCAUGACCCCACCACCUUGAACCGCCAGGGAAAAGAUGUUGGAACCCAAUACAGAUCAGGGAUAUACUUCUACACAUCUGAGCAGGAGAAACUAGCGGCGGCAUCAAUGGAACGUCACCAGCAACAAAUGGAGAGGAAGAUAACGACUGAGAUUCAACCAGCUAAGAAAUUCUACAGAGCUGAGGAGUAUCAUCAGCAGUACCUGUCAAAGGGUGGGCAGUCCUGUGGCAUAGCCUGCAACAGUCCACUCAUGUGCAGCGCAGCUACGGCUUAA